CACAUCUCGAAAAUUCCAUCCAAACAGAAAAAACGAAGAACCCUCUUCCCUCCCCACUCCUGCUGCUCCGUGGCCAUGGCGAAGGCGAGGCCGCACUCGGGGCGAUCCGGUCACCGCCGCCGCAACCUCCUCCUCGCAGCUGCUCUCCUGUCGGCGGCUCUGCUCCUUCCGGCGGCGAUGGCCUCCGCGGCGGUGGCGGCGGCGGCGGAGGGGGACGGGGAGAACAGGUCGCGGGGGGCGGCGACGCAGUGGGCGACGGGGAAGGACGAGGGGGAGCUGGCCGCGGAGCGGGAGGCCGCUGGCGGGGGCUCGGUGGUGGAGGACGACUUCGCGGGCGGCUUCGGCUCCCUCGACAGCAUGCUGCAGUGGGCCAUCGGAAAUUCAGAUCCAGGAAGACUGAAAGAAGAGGCGGCGGAUGUGCAGAAGUUAUCUGAGGAUGAGCUGCUCAAGCGGCGGCAUGAGAUUAAGGACUUGAUGGAGAAGUUAAAGAUGCCAUCAGAUGCUGACUUAAUGAAGAUUGCAAUUGCUGACUUAAACAAUGCGUCAAUUUCACUGGAGGAUCGCCAGCGUGCAUUGCAAGAGCUUUUAAUUCUUGUUGAGCCCAUUGAUAAUGCCAAUGACCUUGACAAAAUUGGGGGCCUUGUUCCUGUGAUUCAAGAUCUUAACAAUGCAAAUGAAGAAAUACGGAUCACCUCUGCAUGGAUCCUGGGUACAGCCAGUCAGAAUAAUGCCCUUGUCCAAAGCCAGAUUCUUGGUUAUGGAGCUUUGGCAAGAUUAGUGAAGAUGGGUUAUUCCACUUCGGCAAAAGAAGCUGCGAAGGCAAUGUAUGCCAUAUCGGCUUUGAUCAGAAAUAACGUAAAUGGUCAGGAGGCAUUCGCUUUGGAAAAUGGGAACGCAAUGUUGCAGCACAUAUUGGGAAGCAACAGCGUUGAUCUUCGGCUUCAGAAGAAGGCGGUGUUUCUAAUAACAGACCUGGCGGACUUUCAGCUAAAUUCUGGAAACUCAGGGCUCACUUUCUUAAGUGAACGCGUUUUGCUGAAGUCAGUCACCGAUAUGUUAUCAAAGUUUGACCUUGACCUUCAAGAAAAGGUUUUGUUGGCCAUUAGGAGUCUACUGAAGCUUCCCUCGACGGACGCUACAGACUUGGAGUCAUGCGGCCUAGACAGUGUGCUGUACAGACUGGGGGUGCAGCUGGAGGAGCUGCCAUCAGAGGAGCAGAAGGAGUACGCCGGGGAGGUUGAUGCCCUCCGGAGAGAAGUAGAGAUGCUCUUCCAACAGAAGCUCAAGCCGGGUACGGCUACCGCGGCGUUAUAGACACUCGGAUGAACGCAAGGGAAACAGGCAGGCGUUUCCGAUCCAGUGAAUCAGUGCUGGCUGCCAAACUUUUGAAAGAGUAGAUUGUUUUCAGAAGAGUCUGGCUGUUGAGCUGAGUCCCUUCUUACUUUUGCCGGAGGGUUAUAGUGUUGUAGGAUUCGAUGGGACGAUAGGUUAGAGACACUUGAUAUGAUGAUAUGGGUUAGUUUUCCCAUUUGCACAGCAAGCUAUGACACCCCCCUGUGUUUCUUGGAAGAUAUCCUUUUUACUGGAAGACACGAUGAUCCUCCUGUUAUAGAAGUGCAAAGACGUCUUAUAUUUAG